GUGUACACACCCCCGAUGUUAAUAAAAUCCCCCGUUGGCAAGAGGUGAGAGCAUGGCUCCUCCUAAGAUGGCGGAGCUCAUCUGUCGUCACACAACACCAAUGGUACUCCGAACGCUGCAACAAAUAACCGAAACGACACCCUUUCCCCUUUCACGCACACCCCAAAGGCCCAAACCAAUAAUAAUUUUGUUUAUUGUCUUCCCCUCAUGGUUAUUGCGCAGAGCUUCCCCAUAAGUCCAUCUCAGUGUUGCUCUUGGAUUGGGUUAUACAAAUGAGCUUUAGCUUUCCACCAUGAACUCUGUAGCAACUCCCCUGAUCAAGGACUACAGCAGACUCAACGACUCAAACAUAUCUAUUAGCUGCAGUGUAUUUGAGCCAUCUUCAAGCAGUAAUGCUAAGCACCGGGCUACCGUGUUGGAAUGGUUAAAUGACACGAUUCCCAAUUUGCGUUUGCCUAUAAAUGCUUCCGAUGAGGAACUCCGAACAUUCUUGCUUGAUGGUAGUGUCUUGUGUCAAUUGCUAAAGAAAUUGGAACCUAAUUCAGUGACAGAGGAUGUUGGUUGUAGUCAUUCCUCGGAAUCGUGCUCACAAAAUGUUGGAAGAUUCUUAUCUGCUAUGGAUAAAAUGGGAUUGCCCAGGUUUCGUGCUUCGGAUUUAGAAUAUGGGUCUAUGAAGAUAAUUGUUGAUUGCCUCUUAACACUCAAAACACAUUUUAUGCCAAAUGUUGGACAACACAUGAAUUUGAAUAUGCAUCAUGGAUCCAAUUUGUCCGGAAAUGCUUCUAGUAUACGAUGGAAGGGGUUGGGAGAACAUAUUGGAUCUGAUGUUGCUCUUCCACAAGGACAAGAAUCGUCUCGAUCUAAUUCUUCACUAUCUUCUAUUGAUGAGAGCCAAAAGUCCAACCCAAUGUUUAGGCAUGCAUCGCGUAGUCCUGUGGUUGCUGAUCCAUCAGCUUCAUUGUUGCAUCAAGUUGGGAAUAGAUUCCAGGAAGUAUUUCAGGUUAAACAUGGAAGUUGUGCCAAUCUGCUACCAUCAAAAAUUUCAGAAAUGAAGAGAUCAAACAGUUUGGAUAAUGCUCCAACACACUCUCUUUUAAGUGUUGUGAAUGGAAUUUUAGGAGAAAGCACCCAACGGAGAAAUGGAGUACCCGAACGUGUAGCUUUCCUGCUGAGAAAAGUGGUGCAAGAGACCGAAAGGCGGAUAUCUACACAAGCUGAACACUUAAGAAUGCAAAGUGAUCUGUUCAAAGCUCGUGAAGAGAAGUACCAGUCAAAAAUUAGAGUUCUUGAGGCCAUUGCAGCACAGGCCAACAAAGAGUUGGAGAAUGAGGAGAAAAGGGUGGAGGAGAAAACGAGAGCAAAUGAAUAUGGUGAUAACCUUCAAAGGAUUUCAGUUUUAGGUAAAGAACCAGAGAAAGCUUAUGAUGACUGCAAAGAUAUUACAACAGACAAAAACUUUGUGGCAGAAUUGGAAAAGGGAAAUGACGAUGAGACCAGUGAAGAGACUGUGGUUCUAAAACAUGAACCAGAAGUUGAUCCAGAAGCUUAUGAGUCGCACGGUUGGGAGACAAGAACUGGAGAACGGCAUGAUGUUGCUUUGCUGAUGAAGGAAAACGCCGAAGCAAAUCAAAAGAUUGCAGUUCUGAAGCAAGAGCUGGAAGCAGCUCAAAAAACUCAUGAAGAACACUGCGCGCAAAUGAAAACCAACAAAGAAGAUUUGGCAAGAUUGGUGAAAGAAAAGGACGAUUCCAAUAAAAUGAUUGCAAUUCUGAAGCUAGAACUUGAAACAGCUCAAAAGACUUAUGAGCAAAACUUAUCACAAAUGAAAACCGACGAGCACAGCGUGGUUAGAUUGAUGAAGGAAAAAGAUGAUGCUUAUCAUGAGAUUGCAGCUCUGAAGCAAGAAGUUGAAACAGUUCGAAAAACGGAUGAACCGAACAACUCACAAAGGGAUACAAAGGAAGAUGAUAUGGGUACAUUGAUAAAAGAAAGGGAUGAUGCCAUUCAAGAGAUUGCAGCUCUAAGGAAACAACUCGACAGUGUUAAAAAAUCAUACGAAGAACAUUGCUUGCAGAUGAAGAGUGAAGAACACGAUCUGGGUUCCUUGAUGAAGGAAAAGAAUGAUUCAAAACAAGAAGUUGAUGUUUUGAAAACAGAAUUGGAAGAGGCUAAAAGAACUUACGAGCAGCACUGCUUGCAAAUGAAAACAGACGCCGUAGAACUUCAACAAGAUCUUGAGAAAAGGUUAAAGGAAAUUACAAUCCUCGAGGAAAGAUUGAAGGAAGUUACUGAAAAGUUUACAGAAUCAAGAAGCAGAGUAAAUGAACUUGAAAAAAUUUCAGAAGAAAAGUCUCAGAAGUGGAGCAAAGUUCAACACAUUUACCAAAUACUCACAGAAUUCCAGCUUGGAGCGCUACGUGAACUUAAGUUUUCUUCCCAAUCCAUAAAAUCAGAAGUUACUAAAACACAGAAGAUUUAUUUGGAGGAGUUCAGUCAUUUAGGUGUGAAAAUUAGGUCAUUAGGAGAUGCAGCUGCAAAUUAUUCUGUAAUUCUCACUGAAAACAGGAAGCUACACAAUGAGGUCCAAGAGUUAAAAGGAAACAUUAGAGUAUAUUGCCGGAUAAGGCCAUUUCUUCCCGGACAAAAGGACAAGCAGACAAUUGUGGAAUAUAUUGGUGACAAUGGUGAGCUAAUCGUCAUAAACCCUUCCAAACAAGGAAAGGAAGGACGGCGUUCAUUCAAGUUCAAUACAGUCUAUGGCCCAUCUGCAACACAAGCCCAAGUAUUUGGAGAUAUACAGCCAUUGGUACAGUCAGUUUUGGAUGGAUACAAUGUGUGUAUAUUUGCUUAUGGUCAAACAGGCUCAGGAAAAACAUAUACCAUGACCGGCCCUGAUGGAGCAACAGAAGACCAAUGGGGAGUCAAUUAUCGUGCUUUGAAUGAUCUUUUCCGAAUUUCACAAGAAAGACAGAGCGCUCUCUCGUAUGAAAUAACAGUUCAAAUGGUGGAAAUCUAUAACGAGCAAGUUCGCGACUUACUUUCUAAUGAUGGCUCCCAAAGAAAAUAUCCAUAAAUGAGUGCAUAAUCUCUAUUUUGGCUAUCAUCAUUGCUGGCAUUUAUAUCUUGAAUUGUUUUGCUUUUUUUUUUCUUUAA